CCCCGGCCCCGCCCCCUGACCCCCGGGGGUAUCGGGACUGAGUCGUGAAGGUCCAAAAUGGCGCUGCUAGGUCGGGUGUUCCUUGUUGGGUACCACGGUCCUCGGCGGUUUUUCAGUUAUGGAACAAAAAUACUGUAUCAAAACAAUGAAGCUUUUCAGUCUAAAUUCUUCAAACCCCUUCAAAAAGCCAUGCUACCACCUAAUAGUUUUCAAGGAAAAGUGGCGUUUCUUACUGGGGGAGGUACUGGCCUUGGUAAAGGAAUGACCACUCUUCUGUCCAGCCUGGGAGCUCAGUGUGUGAUAGCCAGCCGGAAGAUUGAUGUUUUAAAAGAGACUGCAGAAGAAAUUUCUUCUCAAACUGGAAAUAAGGUUCAUGCGCUUCAGUGUGAUGUGAGGAAUCCUGAAAUGGUGCAAAACACUGUAUCAGAAUUGAUCAAAGUUGCAGGACAUCCUGAUAUUGUGAUAAACAAUGCGGCAGGGAAUUUUAUUUCUCCCACCGAAAGACUCUCUCCUAAUGCUUGGAAGACCAUAACUGACAUAGUUCUAAAUGGUACUGCCUAUGUGACACUAGAAAUUGGAAAACAACUAAUUAAAGCACAGAAAGGAGCAGUAUUUCUUUCUAUUACAACCAUCUAUGCUGAAAGUGGGUCAGGUUUUGUAGUACCAAGUGCUUCUGCCAAAGCAGGAGUGGAAGCCAUGAGCAAGUCUCUUGCAGCUGAAUGGGGUAAAUAUGGACUGCGAUUUAAUGUGAUUCAACCAGGGCCUAUAAAAACAAAAGGUGCCUUUAGUCGUCUUGACCCAAUGGGAACAUUUGAGAAGGAUAUGAUUGCUAGAAUUCCUUGUGGUCGGCUAGGAACUGUGGAAGAACUUGCAAAUCUUGCUGCUUACCUUUGCAGUGAUUAUGCUUCUUGGAUUAAUGGGGCAGUCAUUAGAUUUGAUGGUGGAGAGGAAGUAUUUAUUUCAGGGGAAUUCAACAGUCUGAGGAAGGUUACCAACGAGGAGUGGGACAGAAUAGAAGGACUCAUCAGGAAGACAAAAGGCUCCUAAGACCACUCUUGCCUUCAUCUUGGUUAUAAGGGAAAUGCUAUAGUUUAUGAUAUUUUGAAUUAUUUUCAAGUCUAAUAAAUUGUUAAUGAACAAACCAGGACUGAGUGUAUAUCAUGUGCCAGGCCACUGGUAGGUAGAUAUUGUACAUAACAGAUCUGUAAGAUGGGAUAUUUUCCCUCCAGAAUUUUUUUUUAAUAAUUAAUAAAAAGGCAAGUAAGAGAAGGCUAUGGUAGAGGUAAAAUGCUUGGAAGUACAGUGAAUGAAACAAAUAUUAUAGCCUGGAAAAAUCAGGAGAAUCUUAAUGGUCGAAGUAGCAUUUGAGUUAUGUAUUAAACCAUGCCUGUGAUGAUGGGGCCUUGAAAAAAGAAAGUGAUGGUAUACAAUAAAUUUAAUGGACUCUGA